AUGGUUAGUGCGUACGCACCGCAGACUGGCCAGGAUGAGGAGAUUAAAAGGCGAUUCUGGAAGGAUUUGGACGAGGUUGUGCGGGGUUUUCCGCACUCAGAGAAGCUUUUUCUUGGUGGUAAUUUUAAUGGCCAUAUCGGGACGUCGGCUAGGGGAUACGAUGAUGUGCAUGGGGGCUUCGGGUUUGGGGAUAAGAAUGAGGGAGGUACGGCGCUGUUGGAUUUCGUGAGAGCUUUCAAUUUAGUGAUAGCAAACUUUAGUUUUCAGAAGAGGGAAGAACACUUGGUCACCUUUCGGAGUAUGAGAGCCAAGACACAAAUUGAUUACCUACUCUCCCGUAAGUGCGAUAGACGUUUAUGCACGGACUGCAAGGUUAUCCCGAGCGAGAACCUCACGACCCAACAUAGGCUCUUGGUUAUGGACCUGGAGAUAAAAAGGAAGAGGAGAAAGAGGGUUGUAUCGGGUCAGCCGAAGAUUAAGUGGGACACUUUGAACAAGGACAAUGCCCAGGAGCUGGCAGAGCGGUUGAGGGCGUUGGGAGCUUAG